UCGUCGUUCAAAAUGAUCUGCAACGCAUGCGUGAAGAAAAUCAUCAUAUACAAUCGAAUAACCUUUCUUUGUUUGUAAGUAAUUUGGAUCCUGUGAUUGAUGAACAACUACUUGAAGUCAUAUUUACUAAAUUUGGUAAAGUAACUAAAACACAUAUUUUGAGAAAUGGUAGUCAAUCAAAAGGUAUUGGUUUUGUAUGCUUUAAUACAAUGGAAGAAAUAACUAAAGCUUUGAAUGAAAUGAACGGUAAAUGGAUUCUUUCAAAACCAAUCUAUGUGAAGUUAAGUACAAAUGUUGUUAAUUCUCAAUCAAUUACACCUAAGUCAGCGACACCACCGAUCUCCUCAGCAAAUGUAACUUCUCCACCAAUGAUUCCAAUAUCGUAUUUCAAUACUCCAUUAAUGUUUUAUCCAUAUACAGUUAUGAUUCCAACUCAAUCAAAUAAUUAUCCAUUGCCAAUAGCUCCAUUUCACUUAGAAGCACCAUCAACUAGAGAACAUUCACUACCACCAUCAUCAAUAACAACAACAUCCACUACUUCUCAUACGGAAUAA